AUGGCGCCAACGGGACCAAUAACCACACCAAUAACGACCCUGCUGGGGAUCCAGCACCCGGUGAUCCUGGCGGGGAUGGCGCGCGUGUCGGGCGGCCGCCUCGCCGCCGCCGUGUCCAACGCGGGCGGGCUGGGCGUGAUAGGCGGCUUCAUGUACACGCCGCAGCAGCUGCGCGACAUCAUCGCCGAGAUGAAGGCGCACUUCACGCGGCCGGACCUCCCCUUCGGCGUGGACCUGGCCCUGCCGCAGCUGGGCGGCAACGCCCGCAAGACCAACCACGACUACACGGGCGGCAAGCUGGACGAGCUGGUCGACAUCACCAUCGAGUCCGGCGCGCGCCUGUUUGUCAGCGCCGUCGGCGUGCCGCCCAGGCACGUCAUCGACAGGCUGCACGCCGCGGGCAUCUACGUGAUGAACAUGGUCGGCCACCCCAAGCACGCGGCCAAGGCCCUCGACCUCGGCGUGGACAUGGUGUGCGCGCAGGGCGGCGAGGGCGGCGGGCACACGGGGGACAUCGCCAACAGCGUGCUCAUCCCGGCCGUGGCGGACGUCGCGGCGCGGUACAGGCCGAAGCUGCUGGGCGGGGACAGCCCCGCGCUCGUGGUGGCGGCGGGCGGCAUCUCGGACGGGCGCGGGCUGGCCAGCAGCCUGAUGCAGGGCGCGGCCGCCGUGUGGGUCGGGACGCGGUUCGUGGCGAGCGACGAGGCCGGGUGCAGCAGGGACCACAAGGAGGCCGUCGUGGGGUGCGGCUUCCAGGACACGGAGCGCACGCUCGUCGUCUCGGGCCGCCCGCUGCGCAUGCGCACCAACGAGUACAUCCGCGCCUGGCACGCGCGGCCCGACCGCAUCCGCGAGCUGUGCGACAGCGGCGUCGUCCCGCUCGAGCACGACAUCGAGCAGGGCAACGAGGUCGACCUGCCGCACCUCAUGGGCCAGGUGGCCGGCGCCAUCCAGAAGGUGCAGCCCGCCGGCGAGAUCGUGAGGGAGAUGGUGGCUGACGCCGAGAAGAUGCUCAGGCUGGGCACCAGCUACCUUGGUGGGGGCAAGAGCAAGCUCUGA